CGGAACCACAUUGGUAGGUCCUCUAACUUAGCCCCUAUUAAAGAUCUCUGGUGGGGCGCUAUUUUCCUCGAACCAUUCACUUGUAGUCCAUUUCAGAAAAUUUUCAAUCGGGCCUUCCUGUAUGGUGGAGUGAUUAUAAAAUUAUUUGUUAUUCCUCUAAUUUUUAGCCAGAAGGAAUUGUUCUUUUACUCUACGGGGUUAAUAUGAGUGUCAACACCACCUCUCCGAUAGCCCAUGGGCUUGAGCAGAUCCGUCAAAGAAUUGACGGAGAUUUCCUCGCAAAGACCGCCGAGUUCACCCAGCAGGUCACCUGGUGGCAGUGGACCAUCACAGCCAUCGUGUUGUGUUUGACCUAUGAUCAAGUGAUGUACCAAGUCCGUAAAGGUCCUAUUGCUGGCCCAGCUUUCAAGAUCUGGCCUAUCAUUGGUCCCUUCUUGGAAUCUCUUGACCCAAAGUUCGAAGAGUACGUCGCCAAGUGGGACUCAGGUGCUUUAUCUUGUGUUUCCAUUUUCCACAAGUUUGUGGUUAUUGCAUCGUCCAGAGACCUUGCUAGAAAGAUCUUGAGUUCACCAAAGUAUGUCAGACCAUGUGUCGUGGAUGCCGCAUACAAGAUCUUGAGACCAACUAACUGGGUUUUCUUGGAUGGUAAGGCCCACAGUGACUACAGAAGAUCUUUGAAUGGUCUUUUCGUGACCAAGGCUUUGGAGAUCUAUAUCAAGGUCCAAGAGAAGUACAUGGACAUCUACCUCGACAGAUUUGUCAACUAUGAUGGCCCAAGAGAAUUCUUCCCUGAAUUCAGAGAAUUACUUUGUGCCCUUUCUUUGAGAACUUUCUGUGGUGAUUACAUCCUUGAGGAGCAAAUCGCUGAAAUUGCUGACAACUAUUAUAGAAUCACUGCUGCCUUGGAACUUGUCAACUUCCCAAUCAUUAUUCCUUUCACCAAGACCUGGUACGGAAAGAAGCUUGCCCAUGACACCAUGAAGAUCUUUGAGAAGUGUGCCGAAAUGUCCAAGAAACACAUCAACGAAAAUGACGGUGCACCAGCCUGUGUUCUUGACGAGUGGAUUUUCUUGAUGAAGCAAGCCAAGGCCCACAAGUUGGGUGACUCCGAGGUUACCGAGGAAGAACAAAAACUUUUGGUUCGUGAGUUCUCCAACAAGGAAAUCAGUGAAGCCAUCUUCACCUUUUUGUUUGCCUCGCAAGAUGCUUCCUCUUCUUUAGCCUGUUGGUUGUUCCAAAUCGUGGCCGACAGACCCGACAUUGCUGAAAAGGUCAGAGCUGAACAGUUGGCCGUCAGAAACAACGACCCUUCCGUUCCAUUAACCUUGGGCCUCAUUGACAAGAUGAACUACACCAGAAACGUGGUCAAGGAAGUGUUACGUUACCGUCCUCCCGUUUUGAUGGUUCCUUACUUGGUCAAGCAGCCAUUCCCAAUCACCAACGACUACACCAUUCCCAAGGGAACUAUGGUCGUCCCCACCCUUUACCCUGCCUUGCACGAUCCUGAAGUAUACGAAGAGCCCGACUCCGUCAUUCCUGAGAGAUGGGACACUGCCACCACUGAGAUGGAAAACCGUAACUGGUUGGUGUUCGGAACUGGCCCUCACAAGUGUCUUGGUAAGAACUACGUCGUGAUGAUGUUUACCUCCAUGUUGGGUAAGUACUUGAUGAACGCUGACUUGGUACAUCACAAGACCGAGUUGUCCGAAAAGAUCAAGGUUUUUGCCACCAUUUUCCCCAAGGACGACUUGAUCAUGGAAUGGCACAGAAGAGACCCUCUUGCCUAAAGUAUGGAGGAGACAACUGUGGAAUAGACGUCCCCUUGCCUGGCAGGCGUGGGCAUUGUUUGUAGACUAGAUUGUACGUACUUAAUAGUGAACCAGACGAUGGUGCCAGAGGUGCCAGUAUCGUACCGACUCGUAGUGCAAGCAGGCAGGCCAUGAAAUGGAGAGUCAAGCAUAACCGAAUAGUGAGUAAACCGUUGGAAAGAGAGCUCUCUGAGGUCAAGCACACCUUUUCAUCGGUCGGUGA